UAACUUUAUCUAUCUUCAUGGAGCUUCAGCGCCUCACAGUUCAGAACAACCAUCGCCAUUGCAAAACCCUAACCCUAAAACAAUAUGGGAUCAAUUAGCGUCCUUCUCGUCGGAAAAGUCCUUCCAUAUCUCGAACAAGAGCUCGACAAGCGCUACAACCUCUUCCGCGGUAUCGAUCCAUCGCAGAGGGCCGCCGUGCUCCGCGACCAUGCCUCCUCCAUACGCGCCGUCGUAGCCAGCUCCAGCGGCGGACCCGAUGCGGCGCUCAUCGAGGCGCUGCCGAAGCUGGAGAUUGUUUCGAGCUUCAGCGUCGGCGUGGAUAGAAUCGAUCUACAGAAGUGCAAGGAGAAAGGGGUUAGGGUUACGAACACUCCCGAUGUUUUGACCGAUGAGGUUGCGGAUUUGACGAUCGGGUUGAUUCUUGCGGUACUGAGGCGGAUCUGCGAGUGCGAUCGAUACGUGAGGAGCGGGAAUUGGAAAAAAGGUGACUACAAGUUGACUACUAAGCAGUUGCCAAGAGAGCUGAAGGAUUCGACUGUUCAAUAUGUUAUUACUCCAGAAAUGAAAAACCAGAUUCGAAGUACAAGUACUAUCCAAGUGUUGUUGAGUUAGCCUCCAACUGUGAUGUACUGGUUGUUGCCUGCCCUCUUACGCCGGAAACCCAUCACAUAAUCAACCGGGAGGUGAUAAAUGCUCUCGGUCCAAAGGGUGUUCUGAUCAACAUUGGGCGAGGCAAGCACGUUGAUGAGCCGGAGCUGGUGUCUGCACUGCUUGAAGGUCGCCUAGGAGGAGCUGGGCUAGAUGUGUUCGAGAAAGAGCCUCAUGUCCCCGAAGAGCUGUUUGGGCUUGAAAAUGUUGUUUUGCUGCCUCAUGUUGGAAGCGCCACAGUUGAAACUCGGACUGCAAUGGCUGACCUUGUCCUUGACAAUCUGGAGGCUCACUUCCUCGGAAAGCCCCUCUUAACCCCAUUGGUUUAAUUUGAUGCCAUCUAUUGAACUAUCAAAAUAACUUUGAUGCGCCUUCAUUUGGCUACAAUAAUUUUUUCAGACGUUAAACAUUGAUGAUUGUGGGAGCAUUGUUGAGCGUAUUGCUUGUUACUUCGGGCUGUAUGCUCGAGUUUGUUAAGAUCGUAGCAAUAGAAUUCGGAAUUCCACUUAGGACUCA